CAUUUUGGCUUGCCAUACUGAUCCGGAGUCGCCAGUAAAAUCGAACCCGAGUCGGACUUUUCUAAAGUUAGAUCUGUUUUUAACUUUUGUUUGAUGCUGUACUCAGCUGAAUGAAGUUACAAAGGACAAAAUAGUUUGCAGACCUCUUCCAAACUUGAGUUGGUGACUAGAUGUGGAUUUAUUGAGGGUUAAACCACCAUGUUUAGUUUCAAGAAGAAGGAUAAAGAGAAGAAGGAGAAGAAGAAGGAGGCCAAGCGAAACAAGGAACUGUCUCAAGAAGAGUUGAGCCGCUUGGAGGACAUAAAAAAGGGCCUGUUCAAGAAGUCAAGCUCUCGUCACAAAUCUGGUGCCCCCGGUCAUCUUCCUGUCAAGUCCCAUGCCUACACUAUCCCCGAAGAACACAGCAAUGGUCAGUACAAUACGGAAAUCAGUUAUGGGGUCAACGAGAGGAGUGUCGAUGGUCACUUGACAAGCCCUAGUGGAAGCGAUGCAAGUGGUGCUUCCACGCCUGGGUUUGAAAAGGGGAGCACGGGAGAUGUGAGGAUACUGCCUACAGCAGCACCUCCCUUACAAGAUAUUGCAGAAGAGGCACGGUAUACACGACAGGCUUCGUAUGAAAAGAAAAGAAAGUCUUCUAAAGGCAAGGGGAUUCUAAAGUUAAGGUCGUCAAGUCAGGCAUCCAUUGAACAACCUGUCAAUGAGGUGGUUGUGAAGGUUAAUGAUUCAGUGCUGUUGGCACAAAAUACUGCAUUUAAUGAAAGAGUUGGAGAUGAUUUGGAUGGAGAGCAUGGUUACAAGCUAUCGCAUCCAGAACCAGAACCCCCUGGGGAGAAGACGUUCAAUGUUGACCUACGCCUUCCAGUUGUUGCUCCGCCCAAACCACCUCGUGCAAGGGACGUUAUCCUCAGUCGCCAACCCAACGGUGGAUUUGGAUUCACGCUUCGUAGGACCAAUAUUGAAGAGCGAUCUGGACCCGAUGGAUCUAUAACCCGGCGACAGGUUCAUUUUGCUGAACCCAGCGCAACGCAGAGAGAGAAUGCAACCGGACUACUACCGGGCGACCGCCUUGUGGAAGUUAAUGGAAAUAAUGUGGAGAGUAGUCCUCGUGAUAGUAUUAUUGAGUUGAUCCGCAGCUCUGGUGAUUCUGUGACCCUUAAAGUCCAGCCUAUCCCUGAGCUGAUUGAGUUGAGUAUGAGAUCUGGCAUGGAUGGAUCUGAGGUCCAUCUGGAGGAACAGCUUUUGAAGACAGGAACAUUGGCCAGGAGUGCAAGUCUCAGGCAUAAGGACAAAAAGGCCAAAAGCGAUGACCAGCUUGCCCAGGAGAAGGCGUGGUUGGAUGCUGAGAGGGUUUGGCUUGUCCACCGCGGGGGUUUCUCUGCCGCUAAGAGAUUGGCCCAAACACCCAACGGGAUAUCAGGAGAGGAUACAAAUCAACUGGGGGAAGGAAAGGUCAAAGUCAAGUUAGAACAAGGAGAGGAUGUUCUGGAGGUGGAGGAGGAAGAUGUGGAGAAGGCAAAUCCUCCCCAAUUUGACAGAGCCGAGGAUCUAGCUACGCUGCAGUUCUUGAACGAAUCAAGUGUCCUCCAUACCCUGAGACAGCGUUAUGGAGCCAACCUCAUCCAUAGCUACGCCGGACGCAACCUCAUCAUCAUCAACCCUACGCACCAGCUUUCUGUCUACUCAGACAAGCAUGCUAAGGCAGUUAUUCAAAUGUUCCGAGGAUGCAAGUUGGAAGACAUGCCCCCUCACAUCUACGCUGCAGCCCAGACCGCCUACCGCUCAAUGCAAUCGACCCGUCAGGACCAGUCCAUUGUCUUCAUGGGGAGGAGCGGGGGAGGUAAAUCAUGGAAUGUGCGACAUGUCUUACAGUACUUGACCAUCGUGUCUGGCUCGCACAACAACAUCGUCACAGUUGACAAGAUCACCGCCGUGACGACCCUGCUAGAUGCCUUUGGCGGGGCUAGGACCAUUCAGAACACCAGUGCUACCAGAUGUGCUAACAUCUACUCUCUAGACUUUGAUCACCUUGGUCAGAUAGCUUCCAGCUCAAUACAGAUCUUGAUGCUUGAGAAGUAUCGUAUCGUGAGGAAACCAGAGGAUGAGAGAGCUUUUAAUAUCUUCUACUACCUCAUGUCAGGUGCUGACCAAUCACUCAGUCAAGACCUGUCACUGCAUAAAAUGUCAAAGGAGAAUCCUUACAUUCAACCCUUGCAAAAGAAUGAAGAGAUAGAUCAUGCAAAGUUGAUGUGGCAGAAAGUAAUGACUUCAUGUCAGCUACUGAACUUCACUCCGGAUGAAUGCAAGGGACUGUGGUGUGUCUUGGCUGCUAUCAUCCAUCUAGCCGCAGCAGGGGCAACAAAAGGAUCCGGAAGUGCCAAAGCCCAAUUCCUCAACCCAUCAGAGGCCCAGAGAGCAGCGACCCUCCUGGGUGUGUCCCUUGAAGACCUUGCCCGCAACACCUUCAACCCCAAGGCAACCGGUACCCCUACCAGGUCUCACCUCAGAGCUGUGCCGUCUGAUGGAGGAUCCGAGGGCGGUUCAUCAGGGGGUGCUACAGAAGCCCUGGAGGGCAUGAUCUCAGGGCUGUACACAGAGCUGGUCAAUGCUGUGGUUUCACUAGUCAACAGGGGUCUAUCGUCAGCGUACCGUACCAAGUCCUCUAUCCUGGUGGUUGACCUACCUGGUCUCCAGAUACCUGAAGGGUGUGGUCGUAAGACCGGUGCUAGCUUCCAGGAUCUCUGUACUAACUACGCCCAGGAGAGACUUCAGCUUCUCUUCCACGAUACUGCUGUCACGCAGCAGAAAGACAAAUAUGCUCAGGAGAACAUAGAGUGUGAUCUUGAGAGGGAGAAUGAACCAGAGUCAUCGCCUGGUCUUAUGGUUAAUAUGAUUGAUAAACAACAAGGAUUGAUCCGCACCUCAAAUCCUGAUCUGAGGAACACGGAGCAGAAGGGGAUCCUGUGGCUCCUGGACGAGGAGUCCAUCUUUCCUGGAGCAUCUGAUGAUUCAUUCCUGGAGCGUCUUUACCUUCACUAUCAAGAGGAGGCCAACAGAUCGGAUGGUGUCAUCAAGCAUAGUAGUAAUAAGAGAUCCUUCAUCUUGAAUCACAUCCAUGGUACUGUACCUAUCACCUACAACACUACCAACUGGCUAAGACAGUCCAGGGAACACCCCUCCAUUCGCAGUGCAUCGGUUCUCCUUCAAGAAUCACAGAAACCAAACAUUAGCCGUGUGUUCACGAGCCUCUCAGGCUCCCUUCCUAGUUCUAUGGUUGGAUCUGUCGCUGGCAUAGAGGGCAGUUCAUCGCUGCGUAGGGCUUCCAGCAUACGUAGGGCAUGGACCAGUGGAACGGCUGCAAUCAAGAGGAAAUCACUCUGUCUUCAGGCAAAGUACCAAGUGGAUGGUAUCAUAGAAAGCAUCCGUCGCACUCGCCUUCACUUUGUCCAUUGUCUUCUACCUCAUCCUGAUGCUGGUCUUUGUGAAGCUAGGAUCAUCGCAGGCAAACCACCCAACUCACCAUCUAACAACGACCUUCUCAAUGUACCCUUACUGAGGUCACAGUUCAGGGGAUCAACGAUCAUGGCUGCUAUCCGGAUCUUUAGGUUUGGUUUCCCUGAGAGCAUGCUGUUCCAAGAGUUUAGAUAUCGCUUUGAGAUACUAGCUUCGUCGGAAGCCAAGAUGCCAGAACCGGUCAUGGAUGAAAGGAAGGCUGUGGAACUUCUUCUGAAUCAUCUAGACUUGGACCAAUCAUCAUUUAGAUUAGGACUAAGUCAGGUAAGAAAUUAUUCAACAUUUCUGAUUUUAUUACUCUUGUUUACAGUGAAAACAAAAUUGUAG